GAUAAUUACUUAAUACGUGCUUGAAGCACGUUUGUCGCCUAAUUCAAGACUUUGUAAUUUUUUGACCAUAUAAAACAAAAAAUAAAAUUGGAACUAUCUAAUGGCACAACAAUGACAGCAUGACUUAAUCUUACUUUUUUCGUACCUAACCUCAAUAAUUUUUUUAAGAAACACUUUUUAGGGGCCCUUUCCAAUGGUUUUGGCCCUUGUCAAUUUCACACGUUACUUUCCGCUGCGCCACAUCAACCGCUACGUCUGUGCGAUGAACCAAGCCUAUUUGAGACACUUAACCGAGUCAGACAGGUUCGAGCUGACUUUCCAGUACGUAGACCCCACAGGUCGUAUCAACCGCCAGUUUAAUUUCUGUCGCCAAAUCACCGAAUCUGCCACUACCUUCACCCAACGUGUGGCCACAAACAUCGAAAAAAUCGUCAAGAAAAAAGCAAAAAACGCCCCCACAAGUUCCCCCGUUCAAGUCUCACUCACAGUGAACGGAAGUCCGGUAUCCGACGAAACGACGCUUUGCAAGGAUAUUUUUAGUGAGCAAAACAGCGUCGUUUUGAGCGUGUGUGAGCAGGAGUUUAAAGUGGUGAUAAAUUCGCCUUGGAUCAGCGGUGUGGUGCUCCCUAGCUCGAUUCUGGCCGGCUUUCCGGUCUACCCCACGAAGUUUGAAAGCAUUUACACCGAUAAAACCAAAUCCGAGUUUAACUGGUUCAAAUCGAGUGAUAAAAAUAAGUGGAGUUUAGUGGGGACCGGUUUUGUGUACAACACAAACAAUAGCGACAUUGGGGCCUAUUUGAAACUGAGCUGUGUGCCGAAAAGCGGUGACUUGGUGGGGCCCGCGGCUGAGGCCAUUUCACCUGUGCAAGUCCAAGCCUGUCCUGGAUUUUGUCCAUUUGAAUCGAGACACCAAUUCACCAAAGAAAAAUGUUCAGGGGAUACGUUUAGAGUAGUGUCCUAUAAUAUUUUGGCAGAUUUAUAUUGCGAUUCCGAUUUCACGAGAGAGGUUUUGCACCCUUAUUGCCCGCCUUACGCCCUUGCUAUUGAUUACAGAAAGCAGUUGUUUAUCAAAGAAAUAACUGGGUAUAACGGUGAUUUAAUUUGCUUGCAAGAAGUCGAUCGGAAAAUCUACAACUACGACCUGCAGCCCCUUUUCGAGCAAUUGGGUUACGAUUCUGAUUUUUGCAUAAAAAGGGGUUCAGUGGCCGAAGGACUGGCUUGUUUCUACAAUAGGGAGAGGUUUAAGUGUUUGGAGACGUUUCGUUUAGUUUUGUCGGAUGAAUUGAAUACGAAUUCGUUGUUUUCGGAUAUUUGGGCAAAAAUCGAAGGAAAUAAAAAUUUGACUGAACGCAUUUUGAAUAGGUCUACUGUUCUUCAAGUAAAUAUUCUUGAAUCGCUGGAAAAUGAUGAGGUUUUGGUGGUUGGAAACACGCAUUUGUAUUUCCAUCCAGACGCCGAUCAUAUCAGGCUAUUACAAGGGGCUGCGAUUAUCAGAUAUUUGGAACAUUUGAUGGACGAGUUUAGGAAUAAAUAUAAGAAGCGACUCUCUUUGAUACUUUGUGGCGACUUCAACAGCACCCCUGAGUGUGGCAUUUACCAGUUAUACACCACUGGACACGUCCCCGAAGACCACAUCGACUUCAAAAGCAAUGCCGAAGAGGCCAUCAAGGUGCCCCUCAGCCAGAGCUUGCGGCUGUUCAGCGCUUGUGGGACUCCAAAAUACACCAAUUUCACGGCGGGUUUCGCCGAUUGCCUCGACUACAUUUACUUCGAAUCGAAAAAUUUCGAAGUGGUCCAAGUGGUGCCAUUCCCCUCCUUGGAGGAACUGAACCAACACACGGCUCUCCCCAGCAUCGUGUUCCCAUCCGACCACAUUUCGCUAAUCUCUGAUUUAAAGUGGAAGAAAUAAAAUAAAAAAUAAUCGGGCA